CGAGUGCCAUGUCAUCGCGUUUGCUCUGGAUCCAUCAGAAUUAGAAACUAUUCUCGUUCUCUUUUAGAUCAGGAAGGUGGCCUAAAAGCAGUGCUAUCAGAACUCAGAACUGUCUCAGCCAGAUGGGCGGUGGUUGCUCCGCGACCUCUCUCAGAUUGAUGUCUUGAACCUGGCAAGAGAGCCUCAAACACCUUGACGUAACCUCAACUGGGCACUCCUUGACACGCGUAUUCAACGCGACGUCCCGUCCGCUUCAGAUCUGAACCGUGUCAGUGAUAUGUAAUCCGACCAAGACCACCUGGACACAAUGUCGACCAACACGGGCCCCGCCCUCGCCCACCGCACCGUGUCCAGCAUCCGCGCCGCCCGCGAAGUCUCCCCCAAUAGCCCCCACACACCCAUCCGGUCCCUAUCCUCGGGCCAGAUCAGCUCGCCCUCCAGUCUGCGCGCCGACGACGACGUCCUCGUCAUUGAGCUGGGAUGCCGACGCCUGCGCGUAGGCUUCGCGGGCGACCCAGUCCCAAAACGUAUUGUCUCGUUCGAAGGGAAGCAGGCCCGGCGCGCGGGCGACUUCCGGGCUUGGGAGGCUGGGUACGAGGAUGACUGGCGGAAGAGGGCGUCGGGGCAGGCUUGGGGAUGGGAACAACAGCUUUGGCAGUUGGAUGUGAGGGGCCAGGAUUUGGGCCUCGUGGGAGACAAGAUAGAGAGGGGGUUGAGGGAGGCGCUUGUGAAAUAUCUUCUGAUCGAUUCAAAGCCUAGGAAAAUGGUUCUUGUCUUGCCACCGGCGAUUCAGAUACCUAUCCUCUCUUCCGUCCUGGAUACCCUCUUCAACCGAUUUGGGACCCCCACCAUAUCCCUGGUAUCCUCUCCAGUUAUGACAGCGUUUGCCGCCGGCGUACGUUCAGCUCUGGUCGUUGAUAUUGGCUGGCACGAGACGGUGAUCACGGCAGUUUGCGAGUACCGGGAAGUGCAUACAUGGAGGACAAUCAGAGCAGGCAAGCUGCUCAUCGAAAAGACGAAAAACUUCCUUGUAGAAGCCAUUGAGGGACGACCAACACCAGAAGGCGAAGAUGAACAAGCCCCAGACGAUGUCGUCCGUUUUGAGGAGUGCGAAGAGGUGGCCACUCGAAUACUUUGGUGUAAGAAAGCCCACAAUCCCCCCUCUCAAGAAUUUCCCGAAGGCCUGCCCACCCUCCACGAACAAGACGAAUCCGAGCCCGUAGAUCCCGCCGAGGACACAACUCCGACCCGCAUACACCUCACCUCAUGCAACCCCCCCAGAACACUCCUGAUCCCCUUCUCGCGCCUAUCCGAGCCCUGUGAAACAACCUUCUUCGAAACCCGCUACUCCCCGGCAUGUUUCGACGACCACGAGUUCCCUCUGCACCUCCUCGUCUACCGUAGCCUCCUGCAACUGCCCCUAGACGUCCGAGCCAUGUGCAUGUCGCGUGUCAUCUUCACGGGCGGCUGUUCCGCCAUCCCCGGUCUCAAAGGCCGGAUCUUCGAUGAGGUGUCCCUGCUCGCGCAGGAACGAGGUUGGGAUCCUAUCCGGGGAAAGGGCGUUGAGGCGUAUAAGAAGAACCCUAAACUUCAACGUACCAAUACACCCCCGAAGCAAGUCAACACCGACGGUUCUUCGACUUCUAUCCCGGUCGUGGCGCAACAACAACAGCAGCAAACUCCCACCAUCACCGAAACCACCCCAGCAGGCGGCACCACCAUAUCCGACACAUCUUCUCCCCCUCCCACCGCAGUCAUCAACCCCGCCGACGUCCCCCGGCAACCCGACCAAGUAGAGGACCACAUCCGUCAAGAAAAAGGCUACAAGCCGCCCAUACGGGGCAUUCUAAGAGCAAUCGACUCAAUGGGUCCGUGGUGCGGAGCGAGCCUAGCGUCGCAGCUCAAAAUUCCGGCUUUGGCAGUAGUGGAAAAGGACUUAUGGGCGCAGCAGGGAGUUAAUGGUGCGAGCAAGCCGAGCGAGAUUGACGUACAGGCUAUACAGAAGUCGCAGAGGCAGUCAAUGGGGGCGGGCGGGUUGAUGAGGGGGAGUCAGAUGAGUAGUUGGACUCUGGGGGUUUGGAGUACUGUGUAG